UCAAAAGUUCAUCAUGAACAUGGAAAACAAUUCUGCACAUGUUUGUGAGAGCUUCUGCAGUUUAAUGGAGGAUGAUAUUUUCAUGACAAGAGCAGACAUCGUCGGAGGUCUAGAUAAUUCGGCCAUGUUGGGUAAUUUUCCUGAUUAUCAUAGGGAGGAUUUAGUUAUUACAGAUCGUCCUUGGACUGAUAAGGACUUUCCCGAUUGGCAGCCACUACCUGAGCAAUAUCAUAUUGACGAGGCGUACCCUCAAGUCAUCGACAUUUCACAAGAUUCAAACUUCUCUCUGCACUACGAAUUGCUUGGUAAUAAUAUUGAUCCCCAUUGUAGAUCAAAACUGAAUAGGGCAUUCAGGAAUUACAGGAAAGAGUCCGCAAAGGAAGUCCAAUUGUGUUUGGCACCUGCCGUGGGACAGAAAUCACUAAAGAGGUGCUUCGAUUUUCUACGGAGGACGUAUAAAAAUAGCAGAGACAAGUCAAGUUGGGAAGCAAAUGGUGGAUUGGUAGAGGAAUCAUAUGCGUUUACGCAUAAGCUUUCUGAACGAAACAGGAGAAACAAACUCAGUCAGCAGUUUUUGGCUUUACGCUCCCUUGUUCCUCACAAUCCCGCCAAGAAAGUUGAUAAAAUUUCCACACUGGCGAAUUCGAUAUCCGAACUGAAUCGACAAAAGCUUCGCAUACAGGAGCUUGAGCAAAUGAAUCAAAGCCUAACCAAUGCACUUAGAGAGAACUCUAUGAAUGAAGCUUGUAGUAGCUUAUCUUAUGGCUGCGCAGCAGAUUCAACAAGAGAUGCGUUGAUGCAUUUUAUUUGUGAAGAAGCUGAUGUACUUGUUGAGAAAACCAGCAUUCCAGAUGAAGCGAUCAUCGAAGUAACCCUGAAAAAAAUUUCAUCGAAUUGUACUCACAUGGACGCCAUUGUCAGAGUGGAUAAGUGCUUGAGAGAAAUGGAAAUGAAGGUAGUGAGAAUCCAAUGGAGGGAGUUGGACUCAGCAGACCAAUUAAUUGAGGGGGCAAUCCGCAGGAAAACGAAGGGAGAACGAUGGGAGACGAGACAGAUUAAGAGGGCGGUGAAGCAUGCUCUUACAGGGAGUUAAGAUUCCUUACAUAACAACAGAAACUGUGUUUAUGAUAAGGCACUUAAAAUCGCAUUUAUGUCCCAAAGCAGUUUUGUACAAUCUUAAAAGUUUGUCGAAUAACGAUCUCUGUCUUUAUUAAAAUCACAAUCUUGUAUGGUCGAUAGUUAUGCCUUUAUCAUAGGGAAACCAUGUUAAGGUAACUGGUGUAAGAAUUCUCAAUGCUCUCUCAAAGAAAAGUACAAUCCACCUUGUACUACUAAUAUUUCGAGUCAUUUGUCAUUGGG